UAUUCUCCGUGUCUUGGGAAUCAAGUAAACACAAUGGCACCUUCCUUAUCACCAACCAGGUCGCACCACGUGGCUGUUAUCGGAGCUGGAGCCGCCGGUUUAGUAGCGGCGAGAGAGCUUCGUCGGGAAGGACACUCCGUCGUCGUCUUCGAGAGGCAGAAACAGGUCGGAGGAACAUGGAUCUACACAGAUCACGUCGAAACGGAUCCGUUAAGCGUUGACCCGAACCGAACAGUUGUUCACUCGAGCGUCUACGCCUCUCUCCGAACUAACCUCCCUCGAGAGUGUAUGGGAUACUUAGAGUUCCCGUUAGUGGUCCGAUCCGGCGAUCCGAGGAGGUUUCCGAGCCACGGAGAGGUUCUUGCGUAUCUGCAAGACUUCGCUAAGGAGUUUGCCAUCGAGGAGGUGAUACGGUUCGAGACGGCGGUUGAGAGAGUUUCUCCGGCGAAGGAGGGUGGGAACGGGAAGUGGAGGGUUGAAUCUACGGAGACGGAGAAGAGAGUUCGCCGUGAUAAGGUUUACGAUGCUGUUGUUGUUUGUAGUGGGCAUUACAUUGAACCUCGUCUCGCUGACGUUCCUGGGAUAAGUUCUUGGCCAGGGAAGGAGAUGCACAGCCAUAAUUAUCGUAUCCCUGAACCUUUUAAACAUCAGGUUGUUGUGCUUAUUGGGAACUCUGCAAGUGCUGUUGAUAUAAGUAGAGACAUUGCUGGACAUGCCAAAGAGGUUCAUGUGGCUGGUAGGUCAAAUGCAGCUGAUACCUUUAUCAAACAGCCCGGUUACAGUAACCUGUGGAUGCAUUCAAUGAUUGAUCGUGUCCAUGAGGAUGGUUCUGUGGAUUUUCAGAACGGGAAAACGAUUUUGGUUGAUGUUAUUAUGCAUUGCACUGGGUAUAAGUAUCACUACCCGUUUCUUGAAACAAAUGGAAGUGUUACUGUAGUUGAUAACCGUGUGGGGCCAUUGUACAAAGAUGUCUUUCCUCCAGCAUUAGCACCGUAUCUCUCCUUCAUCGGGAUACCAAGUCAGGUUUCACCAUUUCGUUUGUUUGAGCUGCAAAGCAAGUGGAUCGCUGGUGUUUUGUCGGGUCGGAUUAUCCUUCCAUCAAAGGAAGAUAUGAUGAAGGAUAUCAAAUCCUUCUAUGCAACACUUGAAGCUCAGGGGAUUCCAAAAAGAUAUACCCACCGUACCCAAUUUGAGUACAAUGAUUGGUUGGCUUCGCAAUGCGGAUGCUCAGAAAAAGAGCAGUGGAGGAAAGAGAUGUAUUUGACGACUGGAGUGAGGAAGAAAGCGCAUCCAGAGACGUACAGAGACGAGUGGGAAGAUCAUCACUUGGUUUCUCAAGCUUACCAAGAUUUCUCUUUAUAUACACUCACUUGUAAUAUGUAAGUUUUUCUUUGGAAAGAUGUUCUAGACCUCAAUUAUUGUCGUGAUAUAUUAAAAAAGAAGAAGCAAUUGUACAACUUUGGAUCACUCAUAAAGCAAAGGGGUAAAAAACCCCGUCUAACAUAUUGUUAUAUGUUUAACUUAUAAAACAAGCAUACCAUCGUGUAAAUAAAUACAUAAAUUUUGAGAAAAUUUAAAUAUCAUUUAUCUUAUUACUUUUGGCGAAAUCAUAUACCAACUGCUACAUCAACGGCUAUAUCAUCUCAUUUUGCUGAUACGGAUAUCAUGUCAGCGAAUUCUUUCUCUUUGAUUAUUGUAUCAUGUAGCUGCUUGGCGACGACGGUUACUAGUAGCAGAAAGGUAGAACAGCUGACUUCUACCUUUGCAGUUAAAAUGCUAUUGUAUAUUUCAUAUCCUGCUUACACGUUCAUCAGUUCAGACAUAUUUUUGUGUUCAAAUAUCAAAUGUCCUUUGUGACUACUAUAUUUCAAUCUAUGAUCUUAGGAUCGUAAUUUCAACCCACAUCUAUUUGCUUCACUUCUAAGUUUAUUUGUUAUCCAUUUCUUCUUCUGGCAAUGUGUUUUCUUUGUUUAGAAGUGGAAUGAGUAGUGAAUUUGCAUUAGGGCUGUUCAAUAUGGUAAAACCGAACCGUACCGAACCGAACCGAACCGAAAUAGACAAUAUGGUUUGGUUUUGGUAUAUACCAUAUAAACCGAAUGGAUAU